GAUUCUCUAUCAGUUCCACUCCGUUCCGUUCCACGAGCUUGCAGGCAUCGCAAUCACAAGUAGAGCGAAAAGAUGGUUCUCGUUCUUGGUUUUAGCUUGCUGACCACACUGUUGGCCAGUUCGGCGGACAUCGUUCCAGCCGGGUGUCCAGCGGUACACGAUGGUCUCACGCACCAUCUGGCCCAUCCAAAACGCUGUGGACAGUACAUUGUCUGCGCUGGUAAGAGAAAGAUUGAGCAAAGCUGUCCAAACGGAUUCCAAUGGAAUGCGCUCGAGUCUACCUGCACGCUAGUUCCGGCCACCAAAGAUGCCAAGUGUUCCUCUCGCGAUGGUCGCAGUCUGGCCGACGGUGUGGUUAGCGCUAAAUGUCCAGCCAAGCUAGACCGUUGCCCGUUGGAAACGAACCCGACGGAAGAGGUGAUCCUGCUACCGCAUCCGGACGAUUGUCGUAAGUUCUACGCUUGUGUCUCCACCGUACCAAUCGAGCUUAACUGUCCGAAGGGUCUCUACUGGCACCACGGUUCCUGUCGGUGUGAUUACGAGCGACCGACUGGUGAUGGAAAGUGUGGAGUGGACGGCGGUGAGCAGAACGCUGGACAUCGACGUCGUGCGAGGGACACGGAGGAGGACGAUGGGACGACGACAACCGAGACACCGGUACUGGAAUCGGGAGCACAUGCACUAAAGGCUCUGUCCUCCAUCUUGCUGCUGAUUGGGACGCUAGCUUUGAAUCACUAAGCUUCCACUCGCCACCAAUCAGUUGUUCCAAUCCCUUGCUCCCCGUGUGUCGCAUGUUAAUCGUUGCGAAGGAAUUGAAACAUUGUCCCUAUGCGGGGACAGAUAGCACCGCACCGCGACUUCCACCUUCGAUUUCAGCAAGCAACGAGGAGGCAACAAACACGUCCAACCAGCGUCAACAAUGUGCUAUUCCGUAAUUCUGUAUCCAAAAUGUGCCGACGGUGCUCUAUCCUCGUUCAACUGGUAGUGGCACGUAAACUGACCAGCGGCCUUAUGUCACUGCUCGCAGACAACAACUGUUGCCGUGGUGCCGGUUUCUUCAGCUAUCCGGAAGCAACUGGCCGAGUCGCGUGCACCGUGAUGCCGUGGUGGUCACUUCAACAGACAAAAAACAGAAACCUUUCCGGCCGCUCGAGAGUAAACAAUGUUUUCGAAAACAACAACGCGGCACGAGACAAACAAAAAGCAAUCGGUGGCCAGCUGGUUAGCGAUUGUUGGUUUUACAUCUUUAUCUUUGGUGAGAACCUUAAGGCCGGAAUACACGAAGCGUAAACUCUCGUAUAAACUCCGAAUGUAAUGCCAAAAAGUUUAAGGCCGGAAUACACGAAGCGUAAACUCAAGCGUAAAUAUAAAAUUAAUUUACACUUGAACAUGUUUACAUGACCGGGUUGAGACGUGUAAUCCGAAUUACACUGACCUUUAAUCGACUUUUGUGAGAAAAAUAGGAUCUUUUUUCCGAAGAAAAAGAUUAAAAACGCUAGUAAUGAUCACUCACUAUUAAUGCAAACCACGAACAGGAAAUGUAGUGGGGCAAAUCGCUUGCAAACAGCGUUUACGCUAGGAUUUAUGCUCCGUGGACCUAUAAUCUCUUUUACAUCGUGUAAACGGCAAAUGUAAACUUUUUGGCAUUACAUUCUGAGUUUAUACGACAGUUUACGCUUCAUGUAUCGCCGGCUUUACAUUUGCCGUUUACACGAUGUAAAAGAGAUUAUAGGUCCACGGAGCAUAAAUCCUAGCGUAAACGCUGUUUGCAAGCGAUUUGCCCCACUAAAUUUCCUGUUCGUGGUUUGCAUUAAUAGUGAGUGUUCAUUACUAGCGUUUUUAAUCUUUUUCUUUGGAAAAAAGAUUCUAUUUUUCUCACAAAAUUCGAUUAAAGUUCAGUGUAAUUCGGAUUACGCGUCUCAACCCGGUCAUGUAAACAUGUUCAAGUGUAAAUUAAUUUUAUAUUUACGCUUGAGUUUACGCUUCAUGUAUCGCCGGCUUUAUGCGUCGAGCCUUCGUUUGCCUUUUAAUUGUUUGAUAACGAGGGUCAAUGAGAUGUUUUCUGAUAUGUUUCUUGUUAUUAAAAUUCAACAAUAAAUGCAGAACUGAA